AUGAAAAUCCAUUUGUUAGUUUCAGCCUAUGGGGAUAUCCAUCACCACCAAGAGGAAAGGAAGCACUUAUCAGAAGAUACGCAGGAGUCAGAGGAGAGUGAGGAGGAAGAGGAGGAAAAGGAAGGGAGUAAAGAUGAAGAGGAGGGGGAAGGGGAAGAGGAAGAGGAGGGGGAAGAUGAGAACGAGGAUAGAGAAGGGGGGGAGAGGUCAGAAGAGAACUGUGAAGGCAAGGAGGAAAAGGAGGAGCAUGAUGAGGAAGAAUAUGACGAUGAGGGAAUGGACCAAAAUGGGGAGGAGGACGAAACUGAGGAAAAAGAAGAGAAGUCGGAGGAAACGAGUUUUGGGGAGAAGUUUGAGGAGACCAUAGGGGAAUAUGAUUACGAUGAGGAGGAGCGAGACUAUGAGAAAGAAGAGGAGGACAAGGGGGAGUUAGAGGAGGAGGAGUGGGAGGGGAAUGCGGAGGAGUGGGAGGAGGAUGAGGAAAAUGAGGAGGAAGAGAAAGGGGACAAGAAGGUGAAGGAGGAGAGAGAGGAAGAGGAGAGGCAGGUAGUAGAACAGGAGGAGGAGAAUGAGUUGGAAGAGGCACAGGAAAAUAGAGAUGAAGAGGACAAGGUAAAGAAAAAGAGGGUAGAGAAAGAGGAAAGCGAAGAAGAGGAGGUGGACGACGAGGAAGAGGAUGAGGCGGGGGUGGAAGUUGUGACGGUGGAGGAGGUAAAACAACAGGAAAAGAGAAAGGAGAAAGGAGAUCAGAAAGACAUUAGGACAAACAAACAAUGCUCUUUGUCAUGCAUUCUUAACGAGCCUCAGGUGGUAACACCACGUGAACCAAAACGAUGCUCGCGGCCCAAAAUUCGACGUAAAUACAACUUUACCCCAGUUACUAAGAACUUGCACCUGGGCAAGCCAGCCUACAGCGGCGUGAACCUGAGGUCUUAUAAAGGGGCAAACAUGCCGGUGAAAGAGGAGACCCUUUACUGUCGCAAUCGGAGACGUUCUGCAGAAAUGCUGGAAGACAUCUAUCUGAGUGACGAACAGACGAGCCAACCGGAUGCCGCCAGUGACUGCUCGGAUUUGGAUUCCAAACAUACCGACUCACCUUCAUGGACUUAGAGUAAUACUAACGAGCGAGUGAACACUGGCUCUCCAUCGAGAUAGACAUGCAAUUCCUUUGCUACUACACUUUGUGCCCAAUUGAC